AUGGCCAGAGACAGUUGCCUCGCUCGUGUCGCAGCCGGUGCUGCCGUGGGCGGCGCUGUUGGCGGUGCCGUUGGGGCUGUUUAUGGAACAUAUGAGGCUAUUAGGUAUAAGGUACCUGGACUUUUGAAAAUUAGGCAUAUUGGACAAACAACACUUGGAAGUGCUGCUAUUUUUGGUUUAUUCUUAGGUGCUGGAAGCUUGAUACACUGUGGGAAGUCAUACUGA